AUGAAGCUUUAUCUUAGCAUCCUGCUACUCUUCAGCUGCCAGUUCAUUCACACUCUGGCUUUAAACUGUGAAAUGAUUUGUGGCACCCUGAAGCAGAUAGACGCUGGGUCAGGAUCAGUGGUUGGAGUGAACACAAAUGAGGUCUUCAUCCUGAUUAAUAACGUCUUCACAAAGGUCUUUACGUCUCUAAAGCACUUCAGUGUUGGUCCUGCUGGUCAGUUCGGGGUGGACACAGCAAACAACAUCUUCAAGGUGCGGGGUGGCAGCCUUGUGCAGAUUGAAGGCCUUCUCAAACAGGUGGAUGCUGGAGGAGAUCAGAACACUGCAGGUGUCAACAUGUAUGAUGACAUAUUCUGUUUAAAUAUGGAUGCUAACAACAAAUUGCCAUCCAGCUCUGUUCCUUGGGUUCAUAUUGGUGGAAAGCUGAAGUAUUACAGCUGUGGCCCGUACAGCUGUUGGGGAGUGAACAGCAAUGAUCAAAUCUUCAUCAUGAAGGAUGUGUCUGGUAAUGCCUGUUCUGGGUCCAACUUUGUGAAUACUCCUGGACUUCUGUCCAUGAUUGAAGUAGCAACUGAUGGCAGUGUCUUUGGUGUCAACUCUCAAGGGGCCUUAUUCCAAAGAACUGGCAUCACUCAAUCCAACCCCGCUGGCACAGACUGGAUCUCGAUGGUUGCCUGUCCCAAUGGCCACAAGCACGUGAGCUUUGACCUGGGAUUGCUGUGGGUCGUCUGUGUUGAUGGCUCCAUCCGUAAAUGUACUUUAUAGUCUGUCAUGCAUCACUGCAGCAACAGAGGAGCUCAAUCAUUAA